AUAUCAUUCUAAGGCUAUUUAUUAACCUUUGCUUUUCUUUUCUUUUUCUUUUUUUUACAAAAUGUUAACAGGUUUGGGGUUUUUUAGAAAAUUAUUUUAAAAUUAAAUCUGCUAAGUGACGUCAUAGUGAUAACACUUGACGUGUAUAAACGUCAACGGCAGGAAACUUACAAUUACAUCGGUAUAAUACACCAUGGAGAGUUGCACAUUCAGUCAGCCAGCUGUGAUUACAAGAGCAUAUAUGUAAUAGCAUCAUAGUAGAGAACAGACCUGUUGCAUUUUCUCUUCAGGAUUUUCAGAGGAUCAUUUGCAGUUAAAACAAAGGACCGUAUAUUUUUAUUGUUCUGUCGGACGAUUUAGAGAAUUACUGAAAGUGCAGUUAACGUUUUUUAAAAGAGAUAUUGAACUGUAUUGGUCACAAACAGAUAAAUUUGUGUAUAAUAGUUUGUUGUCUGAUUUUACAAUAUUGACUAUGAUUAACAUAAGUAGAUAUAUUGUUCUUUUGUCAGAGGAAAACUAUUUGUGUGUUUGAGUUUUAUGACUAUUGAAUACACAUUUGGAUAUUGUUUUCUUUUUUCUUUUAACAACAUUCUUUUCGAUGGCAGAGUUAACUAGAUUGGAAAAUGCCACAUACACAUCAUUCUCUGAAGACUUUCCCAAAAAUGGAUCUCUGGAUAUGAUAUUAUUUGGUAAAAUAUUUGCAGGAAUCGACUUAUUUUUAGCUCCAUGGAUUAUUUUGGGAAACACACUAAUUCUAAUUGCAGUGUGUUUUGAAAAUAAACUUCACACAAUCCCCAAUGCAUUUAUUGCUAGUUUGGCUGUGGCAGAUCUUCUAGUCGGCCUUGUGACAAUACCACUUUACGUGGUCUUCUACUUGAAACUUCCAAAUGUGGAAAAGAACAAAUACCUUUGUCUCGUUCGAAGCAGCACGGCACUCUACUCUUGUGGGUCAUCCUUGUUGAACUUAUUACUGAUAUCUUUUGAUCGUUACCUUACUGUGAUUUACCCUCUGAGGUACCAUGCACUGAUGACCCCGAAGAGGGCCAGGGACGCCUUGAUUGUCCUAUGGGUUUUCUCCACGGUUGUCAGCUUCGUUCCCCUAACGGGUUGGAAUGCCUGGAAAGAUGGCUCAGUGUGCGACGCCUUUGCUGUGUUGGCUCGUGAACACAUGUACUUUUGGGUCUAUUUUCUGAUUUUAGGCUGUCUAACAUUCACAACAAUCCUGUACUCGCGGAUCUUCUACGUGGCUCACUCGCAACGUAAAAAGAUACAAGCAUCAAGUAAACUAAAUGCUGCAGCAACUAGAAGACGGGAAAGAGAGUUCAAGUCGGCCAAAGUGAUGUCUUUGAUUUCGUUUCUUUUCAUAUUGUUCUGGGUGCCCUAUUUGAUUUGCAGUACACUCAAGUUCGUCAAAUCUCUUGCAUGGGAUGUGGUGGAAGUCUCGAAGAGUUUCGCUCUGUGUUUGAGUUUGAGCAACUCCAUGAUAAAUGCACUUGUGUACUCUUUAUUGCAAAAAGACUUUAGGAAAGUUUUUCGAAACUUUUUGUUUUCACGGUUUGGUUGUUGCAAAGUAUGCAAAACGACAGACAUUAGUAGUGUGAGUAUUUUGGAAGACUUUUCAACAACUCAGCUUAGUUUGAUGAAAUCUCCGUCUGUAUUUCAAGUAGUGAAGAUUGUAUAAGAUGAUGUUUUAAAAUUGAAUGUAAUCUAUAUUACUUUGUGAAAUGUGUUGUUUUCUUUAUAAAAUGUUCAA